UCGUUAAGAGUCUUUCCUGUUACAAACAACUUGACAAAAAGAAAAAGAAAAAGAAAAAAGAGCUAGGUCAGCCGCCACAUCACUUUGUAGCCCGUAGCGGCGUUGUAGUUCCCCUUCAACAUUGCCGUUGCUCCCUCUCGUUGGCCGACUCCGUCGGUUGGGUUCACUAUCUUGAAGACAUACCCGUCUUUGUUUAGUUUUAACCAGAGGAGCCUAUAAUGCUGCCUAGCCCUCUCCCUCGGUUCCUUCUAAGAAAAUUGUUUUCUUUUAGAAUUUCGAUGCCGUGAAGGAAUCAAUAAUUUUACCAAGUAAGAUUCCCAAAAACUGAGGUUUAGCUUUUAGAAACUUUAUUUGUGGCAACGCCUCUGGGAUUAUGCAAAUUCAAGUUUUUAACUCGCCUGAGCAAUCUGGAUAUUAAUGGGUAUUUGCUUUUAUUCGAAAGCAUACUCAUUGAAAUCAACUUUACUUGGCGUAGUUGUUUCUCGUGAAAGGUCUCUUGUUAAAGUUCAUUAUUCAGCUGUAUCUGCAAUGUUGUUAGAAGACCAUGUGGUCAAUUAUAUUCCCAUGAGUGAAAGUGAUAUCUUUGGAAAAGCAAGCAAACCCUUCAAUCAAAGAAAGCGUGGAUUGUUUCCAUUUGUUGUAACGGUGUUCAAGACCUUGAAUUGGGAACUUACAAAAGACACAAGCUUCUCCAAAACAGUUAGCUGCCAUGGGGUCUCUCAUUCAAUUAAUGCCUUCAGAAUCAUUGUUCACGCUUUUGCGUCGGCUGGCUUGCAGAUGGAAGUACAAUUCUUGCUUAGGGAUAUCAUUUCCUAUUAUAAGAAACUUCAUUUAGAUGUUUCGCAGUUGCAUUCAGCUUUGCUAAGUUCACCACAUGAUGCCCGUAUGGUAAUUUCCACUAUUAUAAUCAAUAUACUCAUAAAAGUUUAUGCUGAGAAUAAGAUGCUUGAGAAUGCAUUAGAUGUGUUUGUGCAGGCAAAAAAAUUUGGGCUUGAAGCAAACAUUUUAUCCUGUAAUUACUUGCUCAAGUGUUCUUUGGAAGCCAAUCAAUUUGAGUUUGCUAGCAGACUGUUUAAAGAGUUGAAGGAUUUUGGGCCAUCACCUAAUGUGUACACCUAUACUAUUAUGAUGAAUUAUUAUUGUAAAGAAAAUCUUGGGCAGAAUAUAGAUAUUGUGCGAGCAACUGGGUUUCUAGAGGAAAUGGAAUUGAAAGGGAUGGACCCUACAAUUGUAACUUAUGGUGCAUAUAUUCAUGGUCUUUGUAAAGCUGGUUACGUUGAGUUUGCUUUGGGAUUUAUCCAGGAUUUGAGAAUUAGGAAUCAGCAUCUUAACUGUUACAGUUAUAAUGCCAUCAUUCAUGGGUUUUGCCAAAAAGGUGAACCUUAUAAAGCUUUGAAGCUUUUGCAAGAUAUGAGGAACCAUGGACCAUUUCCAGAUCUUUAUAGUUACACCAUAUUGAUUGAUGGGUUUUGCAAGAAUGGGGAUGUAGAAAAAGCUGUCGAUUUGAUAGAAGAAAUGGUUCAUCAUAAUUUAAAACCAUCCCUAGUUACAUACAGCGCUCUUUUUACUGGUCUUUGUAAGUACAGACUGACUGAUGUUUGUCUAGAUAUGUUCCGCAAGCUCGGUGCUUCAGGAUACGAAUAUGAUAUAAUGUCUUACAAUAUCUUAGUGGAUGGGUUUGUAUUGCAUGGUGAUAUGGAAUCUGCCAGUAAACUUGUCUGUGAGAUCACAAGGAAUGGUUUGGUUCCUAACACUUUCAGUUUUGGUAGGCUGAUCUAUGGGUUCUGCAAAAGGGGGCUCUUAAAUAAAGCCUUGGAAGUUUUAAGCAUAAUGCUACAGUCUGGUGUCCCACCAACUACUUUCACUUGCAAUGUUAUUGCUGAUGAAUAUUGCAGAGGAGGACUCUUCAUGGAAGCUUUGAAAUUCAUAAAUAAAAUGCAAAACUUUGGCUUCGUCCCUGAUACAUACACAUAUAAUAUAGUUAUUAAGUGGCUGUGCAAGGGGAAAAAAUCUGAUAAAGCAUGGGAAGUUCUUCCUGUAAUGAUUAAAAACAAUGUUUUUCCUGGUGUUGUUCAUUAUAGUACCAUAAUAGAUGGAUUUGUCAAACAAUCAAAUCCGACAAAGGCCUUGCUAUUUUAUACAAAAAUGUUAAGGGGUGGUAUCCUACCAAGCGUGGUCACUUAUACAAUUCUCAUCAACAUGUUCUCCUGUAGGAACAAUAUGCACGAAGCUUGUAAUUUGUUUAAGGAGAUGACUGAAAGGGGUUUGUUUCCAGAUAAAAUUACUUAUUCAUGUCUUAUUGAUGGGUUUUGUAGAGUUGAAAAUAUGAAGAGGGCUUGGGCAUUGUAUAAAGAAAUGUUGCAGCAGGGCCAGUCACCCAAUGUUGUUACUUAUACCUGCCUUAUUGAUGGAUUUUGCAAGUUAAAGCGUAUGGAUAUGGCCAACUUGUUGAUGGAUGAAAUGAAGAGAAAUAAUGUGAAACCUGAUGUAUUGACAUAUACUGCUCUCAUUUCUGGGUAUCAAAGACUUGGAUAUGGUGAUAAAGCUCAAGGUUUGUUUGAUGAAAUGAAAGAGAAGGGCAUUGUGCCAGAUCAUAUCGCCUAUGCAGCAUCAGGACGAGCUAGUCCCCGGUUUGGAUGCCAGAGGUCAUUUGGAGGAAAUGAUGUGACAGCGACCAAAUGGCUCAAAUAAAUAGAUAAUCCUAGCUGACGACGAUUUUUGGAAGAUAGCACUGGCAGUACUUAUUUCAGUUCAUAAUGCAAUUGCUUUUGCACUUUCGGCGGCAGGUUCGGCGGCCGAAAGUCCCUCCAGAGCCGAAAGUCAGGCAGGUUCGGCGGCACCUUCGGCGGCCUUUGUGACCGUACAUAUGAAAUUCAGAUCACCCUUCAAUGAAGCAAAAGCUAUGAGCCCCUUGCAUUUGCAAGGUUUGGUGGGAAUGUGGCCUCUGUUUUGGCUUCCUCAAUGAGAUUCAAGACCAGGUGUUAGGGUCUGUAACUCUGCAUUGUGCUUGGAGUUUAGCCAGGUAUGCGUUGGUUUUGCUACAGUGCUCUUUAGGCUUUUUCUUUUUUGCAGCUUGGAUUUAUUUGUUUUUAGCUAUUUUGAACAGAUUUUGUGUUCGUCUCUUUUAUCUUUGGCUGCUCUGUUCUUUUCUGGCGUUUGGAGAAUUUACAACUUUGAACUAUUACUAGGAGCAUCCUAUUUGUUAAUAUAUAUAGAGGACACGCAUUUGACUUGUGCUUUCUAUAGAUCAAUUGGAUGGGCUUUUUCGAGCAUUGACUAUGCAUGAAAAAAGGUGUUCCAUUUCCUUGUAUUUUAUUACUUUUUCCUUAAGUUAUAGUUUGCCUUCGUUUGUUCUGCUUAUCUAGUCGUUGUUCUAUGUUGCUAUUUAGGUGAUUUACUGUAUGGGCAUGAAUAAAAAUUUUGGUUUUUAGUGCCCAAUUUUGGGAGUUUGGACCUAUUAGUAUGUGCUCCACUUUUUGGAUUUACAUCAUUUAGGAAGUAUGAUUGAGCCGUAACAGUGAACUUCGAACUUUUUAUUUAUCAGUAGUGUUCUGUUUCAUUGUCAUUGAUUUAGCUUGGGCUUUUUUUUUUUCUUCUUCUGUUGAAGAUAGGAGUUUCAUUGAUUAAAAGCAAUGGGGAAGAUCCCUUACAAACUGAAGCUGAAGAAAAAAGUCACUACAAAAGGAAUGAUCCUGAAUUGCUUUUUGAGCUAGAACAUGUGCAAGUUUGAUCACUAGAGUUUAAUCCGUUUCUCUUUCAUUUGUUGCAUAAAUUUGUUUCUCUUUCAUAUGCACAGCUGAUCCCCCUUCUUCUUUUCCUACACAUAUACAUACAUACACACACACAUAUAUAUAUAUGUAAUUAUGUAUAUGUAUAUAUAUAGGUAUGAUGCACAUUGGAGUGAUUUGAUUUUUCUCUCAGGAACCAUGGAUUUUCAUACGGUAAAUGUUUGUUCAUUGCCUUUUUUAGCUUAAUUUCAUGGAUCAUAUUUUAAAUUGUAUUUACGCACCAGCUAUAUAAAGUUGUGGGAUUGCUAUAAAUUUCAUGGAUCAUAGAAGUGUUAUGCUGUCACCCUCUGGAGAAGACUACCUGUCAUCUGUCUGCAUGUGCCCCUGAGUGAUUGGUUCAAUCCUCCUUUAUGCUUGCGUUCCACUCUGAUAGAGUCAAUCCAUGAUGAAUAUCUGGUUGGAUCUAACGGAUAGCUCAAAAAUCAGGAGCACGGUGAUAAUGUUAUUGUCCUCCUGGUGUUUUUUUCUUUGGAAAGUAUGUAAAGUCUUUGAGCAGAGACUUCCAUACCACAUCAGGAAGUGAUCAAUGCAGCUCCACACACCUUGAUGAGUCUCUUAACUCAGAGCAGAAUAUGCAAGUUGCUGAAAAUCAAGUUGAUGAGGUCCUCGUCUUUAACCCUUCCCCAGAUUUUCAUUAAGAUAAACUUUGAUGCUGCGUACUGUAAAAGAAGGAAUGAGGGAUUCUAUCUUUGCUGGCUCGUGCCAAAGGCUCAGGCGGGUGAUUUGCGAAGGUGAUUCAUCAUCUCUUAUCAGAGGAAUAGCAAAGCAACAGACCUUCAUUCAGAUACAAGCUAUAGUUGAUGAUAUUUUAACACUUAUUUCCACAUUGACUUUAGAUUUCUUGUUUUUUAGGAGACAAUGUAACUGGGUAGCUCACAAUUUAGCUGCAAAGGUUCUUAGGGAUGAUUGCUUUUUGUACAAUCCCUUAGAACAAGUGACUUCUGUUUCCUCUCUGAACAGGGCCUGCAAUACAUUACCUUCUAGACAAA